AUGGCUAAAACUGGAGUUCUUGAGACUAUACCAUGUACAGUGACGAAGGCAACAGAGUUAAAGAGCGAAUUGGAGAAACUAGUGAAGGCAAUUCUUGCUGAGGAAGACUAUAGAGUGGAGGUUACUGAUGAGGCCAUGAAGAUUUUGAGUGUCUUGAAAGAAUUGAAAUUCAAGAAAUCUUUGAAGGUGGCGGAUAAUAAAGUUGUCCCUGAAGAAUUUAGAUGUCCCAUUUCAAGGGAGAUAAUGGGUGACCCUGUUGUCUUGGCUACUGGACAGACUUAUGAUCGACCAUUCAUCCAAAGAUGGCUAAAUGAAGGGCAUCGAACAUGUCCCCAGACCAAGCAAGUCCUUUCUCAUAUUAUCUUGACCCCUAAUCAUUUGGUGCGAGAAAUGAUUUCACAGUGGUGCAAGGAGCGUGGAAUUGAGCUACCAAAGCCUGUUAAAGAUGUUGAUGAUGAUGUGCAUACUGAUGCUGACCGAGGCUAUUUGAAAUCACUGCUUGAAAAGAUGUCCUCUCCCCUUUCUGACCAAAAAGAAGCUGCAAAAGAGCUUCGGCUGCUAACUAAAAGGAUGCCAUCAUUUCGGGCCCUUUUCAGUGACUCAACCGAUGCCAUUCCUCAAUUGCUCAAUCCACUAUCACCAGGCAGAGCUAACACUCACCCAGAUCUGCAAGAAGAUUUGAUUACAACAGUUUUGAACCUCUCCAUUCAUGACAAUAAUAAACAGCUAGUUGGAGAAAAUCCGCUUGUCAUCCCUCUGCUUGUUGAAUCUGUAAAAUCUGGAACCAUUGAAACAAGAAGCAAUGCUGCUGCCGCUCUCUUCUCCCUGUCAGCCCUAGAUUCAAACAAGCUCAUUAUUGGAAGAUCAGGUGCUCUCAAACCUCUAAUUGACCUCUUAGAAGAAGGGCAUCCACUGGCAAUGAAGGAUGCUGCAUCAGCAAUAUUCAACCUAUGUCUUAUCCUUGAGAAUAAAGGUAGGGCUGUCCAAGAGGGGACAGUUAGGGUAAUCCUAAAAAAAAUAAUGGAUUGCAUCCUUGUUGAUGAGUUGUUGGCUGUCCUUGCAAUGCUUGCUAGCCAUCAGAAGGCUGUUGAGGAAAUGGGGGAACUUGGUGCAGUGCCUUGCUUGCUUGGCAUUAUAAGGGAGAGCAGUUCUGAGCGCAACAAGGAGAAUUGUGUUGCAAUUUUACACACAAUCUGUCUAAAUGACCACACUAAAUGGAGGGAAAUUAGGGAAGAGGAAUAUGCCAAUGGUACACUUUCGAGACUCGCAGAGAGUGGGACUUCAAGAGCCAAGAGGAAAGCUAACAGCAUCCUCGAGAGACUGAUUAGAGCUGAUUCACUCACACAUACUGCGUAA